AUGCCUUCUAUUGAAGUGAAAACUAACGUCAAGGUUCAAAAUCAUGCAGAAUUUCUUAAAGAAAUAUCAAUUCUUGCCGCCACACUUCUUCCGCAUCCUGUUGAAGGAAUGAAUGUCGCACUACAAGACGGUCUUUCUCUUCUCUUUGCUAACUCGGAUGCACCUGCCUAUAUUGUUCAUAUUAAUUGUCUUGGCGGUUUUGGCGAUAACAUGAAAAACCGUGAAAUUUCAAAAGCAUUCGCUAAUUUUCUUACAGAAAAAACAGGGGCGCCGAGUAAUCGAGGAUACUUAUUUUUCAACGAUCCGGGCUACGCGAAUGUUGGAUUCGCUGGCACUACCACAGAAGAAACUUUAUUGAACAAAUGA